CGUUUAUUCAGGAAUUGAUCUGCACACCCUUUUUUGAAAUCAAUUUCAGCACUUACCAAAGUUUCAGCUGUCAAAACAGUUUUUUUUUCCUUUUCUCCCCUCAGUGUUUCCAAAGAGGAAGAACAUUUGACUGCAGUGAUGGACAGGGCACAACAGAUAACUGCUCUGUUCUGCCUGAUGCUUCUCAAACUGCCAAAGUGUGCGAUGGCCAGCGGGAAAGUCUUUGAGGAGACUUAUCUAAAGUGGGUCCAGUAUAAAGAUGACUGUGUCAAAAUGAUAGAAAAUGAGCCUCUCCCUCAAGGCUUGUUCUGCAACAGGACAUUUGACAGAUACGCCUGCUGGCCAGAUACUCCUGCCGGCUUUAUGGUCAACAUCUCAUGCCCCUUCUACCUGCCCUGGUAUGACAAAGUGUCGCAGGGCGCUGUGCGUCGGCUGUGUGGCUCUGAUGGCCUCUGGGAAAGAGGGGACAACGGGCAGGUGUGGAGGGACAUGACUCAGUGUGAGGAGGAAAAAGAGGUCACGUCUCAAGAGCUGUGGUUCAAACAACUGAUGUUGAGCUUCAGGAUGUUGUACACUGUCGGCUAUUCCUUGUCGCUGUUUACGCUCAUAACGGCUCUUAUUAUUCUUCUGAGCUUGAGGAAACUGCGUUGCACCAGGAACUACAUUCAUGCCAACCUCUUCCUGUCUUUCAUCCUGCGAGCUGUAUCGGUCAUUAUUAAAGACACCAUGCUUGACCGCCACUGGGGAAGAGAAAUCAUGAAACAAACUGAUGUAAAGGACAUGCUCAGUGACGAGGCUGCUAUUGGCUGCAGGAUAGCUCAGGUAGUGAUGCAGUACUGUGUCCUGGCCAAUCACUAUUGGUUCUUUGGAGAGGCCAUUUAUUUGUACUCUGUGCUUAUUGCCUCAGUGUUCAUCGACAACAACAAAUACUUACCUUACAUCUGUCUUGGCUGGGGAACUCCACUUCUUUUUGUGGUUCCAUGGGUGGUGAUGAAGCAAUUGAAAGAAAACAAAGAGUGUUGGGCUGUCAAUUCCAACAUGAACUACUGGUGGAUCAUACGUUUCCCCAUCCUUCUGGUUUCACUAAUCAACUUUCUGAUUUUCAUCAAGAUCUUGAAAGUCGUUCUUUCAAAAUUACGAGCCAGCAGCCAAAGCAGAUUUGCGGAUUACAAACUCAGGCUUGCCAAGGCAACACUCACCCUCAUCCCUCUGUUUGGCAUUCAUGAGAUAAUUUUCAUCUUUGCAACAGAUGAGCAGACUUCAGGUGUUCUGCGAUACAUUAAAGUUUUCUUCACCCUUUUUCUCAAUUCAUUUCAGGGCUUUCUGGUGGCUGUGCUUUACUGCUAUGCUAAUAAAGAGGUUAGGACAGAGCUGAAGAGGAAGCUUCGCAGCUGGAGGAUAGAGGCUGAGGUUGUUUGCUGUGGACAGUGACUAGCUGUUUUUGGCUCUCGUGUGGAAACGUUCUCCAACGCCAAAGUGGCAGAGCGCAACAGAUCCUCCAUAACGACCAUAAGAGCAAUGACUGAUGGUUCACCGACUCCUGAGGGUUCACUUCUUUCUAGACGCCAACUUCAACCAACUUCACCACAGCCUGAAGCUUCUUUGCUGCAGAAUCCAUCAGUGGUGAAUCGAGACAAUUCUAUGCAGCAUUUGGACCAGGAGGACAUUGGACAAUCGUCAGUGGCAAUGCAGGUGUCCUUCCUCAUUCACCUUCAAGACCCUGUGGAGUCACUCCCAAAUGCUGUAAAUAUGGACUCAGAUUGAAUAUGUUUUGGCAUUGACUGUACAUUUUAAGAUGAUAUUUGGUCUGUUGUGACUUGUGAAUACUUAAA